AUGGCAUCCUCCGCGGGGUCGUAUUUUUCGAGCGGUUGCGCUUCUGUUACAUAUACCAAAGGAAGGAGGAGGCGCGACGUCGUGACGUGCUUUUUGUGUUCUCGUCCUCCUUCUCCUCGCAUUCGCCGCCCGAAGACGACGCCUGAACAGUCGUUGAAGCAGAAUGUACGAUUACAAACCCCUACGGGGACGGUGAAGACGAAGAAGACGAAGAAGACAAAGACGAUGAUUAAAGCAAACGUACCACCGCCAAUCCUGGAAGAUUUAUCCCCGUUAGAAACGAUCAGAGACUCGUUCGAUAUGAUCGCGACGUCGUUCGCGACGACGGUGACUAUUUGGAGCAAUAACAGGUUUAAUAAGAAUAGAAAUCCAAUGUCUUCGCUCGAAAGCGAAGGAAUGCGCUUGGAGAGCGAAGGAGGAGGAAAUGACGACGAUGGCCGAAAAGGAGGUGGAGGAGGGAACGGAGAUAACAACGACGACGAAGGCGAUUGGGGCGAAGAAAACGACGGUUACAGCGAAGACUCGCAGUUCGUCUGGAUCCGAAACGGCCAAGACGGAUUGAAAUGGUUGGUUUCGUUCCUCGUGUUUAGUUGGUACUGUUUUUUCUUCGCGCACGAACCGUUUUGGGGGUGCGUUUGGUUAACGUGCGCGAUUGGAACCGGGUGGGGGUUGUUUUUAGUUGGGAGCGCGGUUUCCGGCGCGUUGUUUGUGAUUAACUUUUUCUAUCGCGUGUACGAUUCUUCGACGGCGAACGUGUUGAGCGAAUCCAAGGAGAAGACGGGAGGGGUGAUCGAUUACGGCAUAGGGAUUAAGAAAGAGGCAAUUAAGAUGAUACAGGCGGAGAGGUUUCGGAAGACGAUUCCGGAACCGAUUGAGAAUUUGCAAACCGCGCCUGUCGAUAGGAAUUUGAAUCCGAAUUUGCCGAAACACGUGUCCUUGUUCGGGACGGACGCGCAGAUUGUCCAGAUGAAGUUGAAACCGGGGGAGUCGGUCAACGCCGAGCCGGGGGCGAUGUGUUACAUGAGUUCGAACGUGUUGUCGAUUACGAGUUUAGGUCCCGGUGGAUUAUCAAAAGCAAUCGCGAGAGUCUUAGCCGGGGAACCGUUUUUUAUCAACACGUUUCGGAAUUUAGGCUCCUCGGACGGGUACAUCGCGUUGGGGAGUUUGCGACAAGGCGAUAAAAUCGCCGUCGUGAAUUUGAAAGAGAGAGAGGCGGAUUUGCUCUGCGCGAGAGAUUCGUAUUUGUGUUCCAUGGGGGACAUUUCCGUUUCUGCAGCCGUGUCGUUUUCACAAGAAGCGAGAGGAGGGAGAACGUUAUCGCAGGUUUUAAAACAACGCUUCCGAACCGGCGUGCGUUUGAUUUUGAGUAAAGGAAACAACAUUUUCAACGGCGAAUGGUUAGUGGGCGACGGGACCGCGUGUAUUACCGGUAAAGGUACGGUCAUGCGCAGAACCUUAAAAGAAGGCGAAGAGAUGGUGGUCGACGCCAGAGCGGUGUUGGCGUUAGAACGAACGAUUGAGUACGAUUUAGAGUUGGUUUCUUCGCCCGUGGCGGCGGUGUUUGGCGGCGAAGGUUUGUUCCACGUGCGAUUGAAAGGCCCGGGCGGGUUUUAUUUACAAAGUUUACCCAUCGAUAAAGCGAAGAAAAAGCUCCGACUGGGAGGACGAAGCAUAUAG